AGAUAAAACAACCUUGGGCAUCAAGUCUACCAGCACCAGCACAACAAGCACUACAAGCACUACAAGCACUACCAGCACUACCGGCACUACCAGGUCCUCGAGAGGCAAGAACAACAACACCACUAGCAAUGGGAAGCACCAAAAGGGCCAAGGUAAAGACAGAACACCUCUUUGA